AUGGCAUUUCCCUUUCUGAACUUUCCCGCGGAGAUAAGGAACCGCGUCUAUGCACACCUGCUCUGUCCUGAACCCCUGGGCAAGCUCACAGAGUUGGAAAGGAGACACCGGCCUGUGCAGAUCACGCACCUAUUCCACACGGCCAUUCUGCUCACCUGCCGCCAGGUCCAUCACGAAGCCCGCGCCACGAUGAUUAAAGGAAACGAGUUUGUGGGCAUCUCUCUGAGGGGUAUCCCCGUCGCACGAAUCUUGACCAAGCUUCAUGUGCACAUUGUAGUCUUAGCAACGAGGAUCCUUACUUGGUCGGUCGCCAGAGACUUUCGCGGUGCGGUCAUGAUGUAUCAAGUGCUGAACCAGGGUACCCUCGACGAAGAAGGGCAACGAGAGUACAACACUUGCGACAUACUUAUCCGCGGGCGUGAUCUCGACGCUCUCGCGCGCGAUCUCUCCGACCCGGCGGUCAGCGGGCACGAGGUGGCGACCGCAGAACACACCAUCGACAUGCUCGACCCUUUCAUGAAGAACGCAGACCCGAGCUACGACACCCUCGCCGCGCAGAAACGCCUCCUACAGCCCUUCUGCGACCACUACCGCGGCUUUCUGAACGUCAAGAUUACAGGCACGGUCGACCGUGCCCUUGCUGCCUCUGCCGUGGAGGAGAUGCAGAGCGAUGCUGUUCCCGACGCCGACGAGUUCGUUGCCUCUCUAGUUCAACUCAAGGACGAAGGAAAUGUGCUCUUCCAUGCCGGUGACUAUUUCGAGGCCGGCGAAAAAUGGUCCACCGCCACUGCACUGCUGCGGCGCAUGGCCGUGAGGCGCAACUGGCCGCGAGUACAGUCGUUGUACGGUCGAGGCGUGCUAGACAAAAUGGCCGAAUUGCUGUUCACGUUGUACAGCAACCAGGCGCAGGCCAUUCUCAGCGACAUGCGCGGCUACGAUUUGGACGACGAGAUGGAGAUGGAUGACGCGCGGUGGCGCGUGGACGGCAACUGCCGCGCCGCCGAAACGGUUAGCAAUGUGUUGGGCACCUGGUGGACACCCAGCCCGCGGCAGAGGGCUAAAUUGUUGUACAAGGCGGCGCAGGCGGCGAGGCUGACAGGGGAUCUGCUGGAGGCGCAGAGUCUCAUCGACGAGGCCAAGGCUCUCCAGCCUGGUGAUCCUGACAUCAGGCGGGAUGCAGAUGAGAUUAGCAGGCUGUCGACAUUGUUGCUGAACCACCUGAACUGA